AUGAAGCUCCCACCGCAGCACGGUCAGCGUCUGGCAAAGUGGGAAAAGAGAAAGUGGCCGCUUGCCGGGGCCGGCGCCAGUCUUCCAGUCACGGCUGCAGCUGGGGGAGAGGGAGGUCCGCAGCGUUGGGAGACAAAGACAGACAGGUCGGGAGUUGGCCAGCCAGGCCGCACCAAAGUACUGCAUACUCCCAACAUACAUCCGUCCAUCUGCUCCAUACCACCCACUGCCGGGGUCUGGACAAGUUACAUACAGGCCAAGGCAGGCCAGGGCCGACUACCGACCGACACACCUCUGCUUAGCCCCAUCCCGCUGGACCUUGCCGUCUCCCUGAUCAGCGUCACUGUCACUCCCAGCACCUUUUUCGUUGCCCUGAUUAUUGUCCUCAUCUUCGUCAGCCUCUACGUCCCCAAGCUGCCCAACUUGACCCUUCCACGAAUUCCCAUACCGCGCUUCCUCACCGCAAUCUCAGGCGACGACAAGACGCUCCCUCCAUUGCCGCCGUCGCCCGUUGCGCCCAUCUCGCCCAUCUCGCCCGACCGACAGCUUGUAUUGCGCGACCAGUCGCUUACGCUCUUCCGCCGCGAAAAGAAGGAUUCUCACCGGGACAGAGACAGAGACCACGACCGCCACAGGAAAGAACCAAGAGAUCGCUACAGAGACAGAGACUACGCCUACCGAGAGAGGGAUCACUACACCAACGACAUCGACCAUGGACGAUCCCCAAGAAAGGCUCGACGCCUCUUUGCGGGAUUUCGAGACUCCAGCAAGCCCGACAUCUACGACGAGGAACUCAUCUAUUCUCCCCAGCGAACCGGCGAUGGAGGACGAUCUCCUGGCGGACCUGGACGUCGCGUCCGUCGGCUCUUAUUCCCCUCCAGCGUGGCGGAGACUCGCCAACGCGCAAUGUCGCCGAUGCGCCUGGCCAUGCGCAACACCCCCUACAGCGAGCGCGACGACGACGACGACACCGACGACGACCUAGACCUCGAGGACAACCAAAACGACAUUUUGCAGCGGGCGAUUCGCACAAGGCUUCCCACCGGCAGCAUGAGCCCGGACAAGGUGAGGAGUCGCAGUCCCGACGGAAAUCGCAGCAACACCUUGCGCUUCGAGGCACCAACCCCGCCCGUCCUGGAGAGGAUACUGGAGUCGCCGCCACCGACAGAUAACUAUAUCCGUUUCGCUGUGCGCGCCGAGGUUCAGCAGCGUACCGAACCAAUUGAAACCGCCAUUGCCUUCAUCCGCAAACGCUACUCCGCUCUCACCGCAUCAUGGACGACCACCCUAUGCAGCGUUCUGCUCGCCCUCUGUGGUGUCUCACUCUUCAAGACGCUCAUCCAAGAGCCUGCGCCGCGGCCCGUCGGCGAUCUCGUCAAAGUCGCGGGCAUCGCGCGCUCGUUUGAGCCGCUCAUAUACUAUUCGGAGCAUGCCAUCACGCAGGUGCAUGACUUGCAAGCUACAAGCGUGGCUGUCUGGGACCUCGGAGAGACAGUGCGAACCAGCGGUAUGCGAGACGCUUCGCUCAUCGUCGCCGAUCUGGAUGCUCUAAGCGGCUCAAUGAAGACGCUUGCAACCGAAAUGACCAAGUUUUUCGCCGUUGUUGACGGCGACAUUGACGGCAUCCUCAAUGUCAUGGAUUGGGCCAAGAUGCAUCUCAACCGCCUCCAGAGCGCUCCCUCUCCUUCCUCUCUCUCCUCCGCGUACGAUAAUAUCCACAAUAUGCUUUCUGAGGCCCAUGUCCUCGAAGACGCCUCUGGCGCUCCUACGCCGCUCGGCACGAUUACUACGUACGUCUUUGGACUAAGCAACCCGCAGCGCGAGCAACGAAUGGUCCAGCUACUGUUCAACGAAUUCCUAUCGAUCCUCGAGGAAAGUGUUCGAGAGGAGCUUCGCUAUAGCAUGAACCUCUACGGUCUCUUCAACAGCAUCGAUCAGCACUUUCUCAACCUGGCGCGAACCGUCGCGCGCGAGACGUCCGCCCAAGAAGAACUCCACAGCGACAUGCUGGCCAGCCUGUGGGUGCGCAUCCUCGGGACGCGCGCCGCCGAGCUGCGCAAGUUUGAGCAGAACCGCAUUCUGCUGCGCGACGUGCGGGAGAAGACGGUGCGCAACAAGGGCAUCCUAGUUACGCAUCACAGCAAGCUGCUGUCCUUGCAGACGUCGCUGGAGGGCUUGCGCACCAAGCUCAUCUCCCCGCUCGUGCGUGGCACCAAUGCCACCAUCUUGACGCUCGAGGACCAGAUUGACAGCUUGUCGGGCGUGAGGGACCAUCUUGCCGAGAUUCGACGCCAGCAGAAGGGCAAGGUUAUGGAGACGCUUUACGCCAGCGUGCCAAGUAAGCAAUUGCCGCAGAGAAAUCUAGCGCUUGACGAUGGCAGGAGUGAUGUCUUCCGAGAGUCAUGA